CAGACACGGCGCGACUGCGGGCACUGGCUUUCUUCACUGCCUCUCGUGCUCCGUACGACAUAUAAUCGCUGUACAGAACUUGCGCACAACUGUUACAUUCCACCGUCGACUCGCUCUACGACUACGUGACGACGACUGAAGUCCGGAAUCCUUCGCUGUCUUGGUGACCUGCUCCGGACUUAUCAUACCGAAAUUUCCCCUCCCCCUCAUCCUCACGCGGCCCACGUCUGCUUUUCAUUUCGGUCUCCGUACUUUGCCGAUUCUCUGAAGACCCUUCACCCACCGCGCAGCCGCGAUGACACUAUUUGACCGUAUCUCGGAUGCAGCAAGCAAAGUGCUGCCCUCGAGGAACAACCACAUUCCAGCGCCGGUAUCUGGAGGGAUAGGGAACGGGCACGGGAUGGCGUCGUUUGAGGAUGAUAUGAUUGUUUCGAAACCCGCGAUCAUAUUUCACGCCUCACAAGUAUUCUUCAAUUUCCUAGCCAUGGCGUGUUUCGCCAGUGUAGCAGCCUUCCAAGCCAGGUUCCACGUUGGGCCGUCCGGUCUCUCUGGCUUCGCCCUGUUCGUAUCCGUUGCCGGGAUAUUCAUGUCUACAUUCUUGUUGCUCGUCCCUGUUCUUUAUGAAAAGUACGACAAAUUUACGCGGCUUGCGCGUGCCUUGAAGGAGGUGCGCGUCGGAUUCAUCCUGUCAGGGGCAGGCACAGCUGUGAGCCUUCUCAUUGCGUUCAUCACUACUAUCUCUGCUUGGACCGAACCCGGUUGCAAAAAUGCCAAGAACGAUCCGCACGCAAAGGAGGGUGGAGACGACUUUGUGAACGGCUUGCCAGGGUGGUGUAGUACCAAGAAAGCGGGGGCAAUCUUCUUCUGGUUGGCGUUCGGUUUCUGGACUGCUUCGCUAGUCCUCACGUUCCUCGACUGGCGAAAUGGGCGCUCCCUUCGUCCGAAGGAUCCUCCUUUCCAGGCUCCGGCUACUGAAGAUCUGGACGAGGAUGACGGUGAUGAAGAGUCGCAAUACCGGAUACCACCAAUUCGCCGUAUGACUGCCGAGUCUGAGGCUGCCCAGUCCCCUUUCUCUGACGCUAAUCGCUACUCUGGUGCUUCCUCCACUGCCCUGGGAUCAGCUCCUGGGGGAUUCACCGCGCCCGCACCAUCAAGACCGAGCAUGGACGCGUACGGCGCGUUCUCCGACCCGCCGCCCAGUGGGUUCGGUGCUGCACCAGUGGCGGACGCGAGUCCGCGCGUGAGCAGGACUAUGCAGUACGCCGACCCAUACGCCGCUGUGCGCGCCUCCAUCGCAGGGGCUCCCCCGUCGACGAACACCUCCUCUCCACCGACAUACGAAACCUACCAAGGAUAUCAGGGAUAUUGAUAACUGACGACAAGGAAGCAGCAGAUGUAGCAUUACGACUUACGAUUGACGUAUUUUAUUUAUGAUGCUGUCGGACUGGACUUGCUUUUACUCUAACGCUUUGCAGGCUGUUUCGAGCUUGUAUGAAUACAUAUCUUGUUUCUGC